AUGGCUGCUGGUGUUGUAAACAUUCGUCGUGAUGUCGACGACAAAUUCUACCGCUACCGCAUGCCCCUCCUGUUGACUAAAAUUGAGGGAAAGGGUAACGGCAUCAAGACUGUCAUCCCUAACAUGGCCGACGUCGCCCGGGCUCUCAGCCGUCCGCCCAUGUACCCCACCAAGUUCUUCGGUUGCGAGCUCGGUGCCCAGGUCACCGGAGACGAGAAGAACGACCGUUACAUCGUCAAUGGCGCUCAUGACGCGACUAAGCUGCGCGAGCUCCUCGAUGGCUUCAUUGACAAAUUCGUUCUCUGCAAGUCGUGCAAGAACCCCGAGACCGACCUGAUCAUCACCAAGGGCGACGUGAUCAUCCGGGACUGCAAGGCUUGUGGCGAGCGCACCGGCGUCGACAUGCGUCACAAGCUUACCACCUACAUUAUCAAGAACCCGCCGAAGAACCCCAAGAAGUCCAAGAAGAAGAACACUGGUGACGGUAGUCCCAGCCCUUCCGAGAACGGCAACGGGUAUACGGCUGCAGACGGUGGUGGUGAGAGCGACGACGAGCUCACGAGGCGCAUUAAGGCCGAUGCCGCCGUGCUCAGCCCUGAGGCCAGCGCCAUCACGAAGGAGGACUGGUCCGUGGAUACCUCUGAGGAGGCUGUGAAGGCUCGUGUCAAGGCUGUGGAGGCUGCAAUGGGUGCUGUCGCUCUUGGUGGGGACGAUGACAGCGACGAGGAUGCGGACAGCCCGUAUUCCCAGCUUGGUCGCUGGGCAGAGGAAAACCGCGAGUCCGGUCCGGUGGAGGUUUACAAGAAGGCGGAGGAUUUGGGCAUUGCAAAGAAGCACAAGGCCGUGCAGGUCCUUGCGCAGACGCUCUUUACCGCCGAGGUUGUUGCGGAGAUUCCGAGAUUCGCACCUCUGUUUGCAAAGAUGGUCACGUCCGAAAAGCACCAGAAGUCCCUUCUGGGAGGUCUCGAGCGACUUGUCGGCGUUAUCUAUCCCGACCUCGCAGCCGUCAUCCCCAAGAUUCUCAUGGCGUUCUACCAGACCGACAUCCUUGAGGAGGAAGUCAUCAAGCAGUGGGGUACGCAUGUGAGCAAGAAGUACGUCGACCGCGACACCAGUAAGAAGGUUCGCAAGGCCAGCGAGCCGUUCCUCAAGUGGCUCGACGAGGCUGAGGAUAGCGAUGAUGACGAGGAGUGA